CUGAAGCGCGCCGCUCGCCGCUCCAGAAGAGGCGGCGUACGCCGCAGGAUUACGGCGGGUGGCUCCGCGCCGAGGGCUCCGGUGGGGCUCGGCGGCGGCUCGGCUUGAGGUUAAACCUGGCUGCUGGAAAGACUGAACAUUCAGUUCAUCUGGGACUGAACGAGAAUUACUGAAUUUAGGUGACUGAAGAUGCUGCUGCUCUGGAAACAGUUGUUCCUGGUCUCACUUGUUGGCUGUCUUGGAGAUCUUGAAAACUCCAGGACAAAAAUGAGGAGCGCAGUGUCCGUUCGCGAGGGGCAGGGAGUCGUGCUGCUCUGUGGACUGCCCCCCCGGGCUGGAGAAUUGUCAUUUGCUUGGAUCUUCAAUGAAUAUCCAUCAUUUGUACAAGAGGACAGUCGGCGUUUUGUGUCUCAAGAGACAGGUCACCUCUACAUAGCCAAAGUCGAGCCAUCAGAUGUAGGAAAUUACACCUGCGUUGUAACCAGCACUGUGACCAACAGCCAGGUUCUCGGGUCGCCAACUCCUCUGGUGCUGCGCACGGAUGGUGUGAUGGGAGAAUAUGAACCCAAAAUAGAAGUUCAGUUUCCUGAGAUGCUUCCUGCAGCUAAAGGCUCAACUGUGAAACUGGAAUGCUUUGCACUAGGAAACCCUGUGCCUCAGAUUAACUGGAGAAGAACCGAUGGUCUGCCAUUUCCAAGUAAAAUAAAGCUGAAGAAAUCCAAUGGCAUGAUUGAAAUACCUAAUUUCCAGCAGGAGGAUGCAGGACUAUAUGAAUGUAUUACUGAAAACUCCAGAGGAAAAAACAUUGCAAGAGGACGUCUCACUUACUAUGCAAAACCUCACUGGAUCCAGACGAUAAAAGAUACUGAAGUUGCUGUAGAGGACACUUUAUACUGGGAUUGCAGAGCAAGUGGGAAGCCCAAACCAUCAUAUAGGUGGCUGAAGAAUGGAGACCAGCUGUCAAUAGAGGGAAGGAUCCAAAUUGAAAAUGGUGCACUUACAAUAUCAAAUCUAAAUCUGACAGAUUCUGGCAGAUACCAAUGCAUAGCUGAAAAUAAACAUGGUGUCAUCUAUUCAAGUGCAGAGCUCAGGGUUGUAGCUUCUGCUCCAGAUUUUUCCAAGAAUCCAAUGAAGAAACUGAUCCAGGUACAAAUAGGCAGCACAGUUGAUUUUGAAUGCAAACCCAAAGCUUCCCCUAAGGCCAGAUGCUCCUGGAAGAAGGGAGGUGAGCAGCUACAGGAAAAUGAAAGAGUCACGUUAUUAAAGGAUGGAGGACUAAGAAUAGCCAAUGUGACUAAAGCUGAUGCUGGAAGCUACACGUGCCUGGCAACAAACCAGUUUGGAACAGCCAGCGGCUCAACAAACUUAAUAGUUACAGAGCCAACAAGGAUUACUUUGGCACCUUCCAACAUGGAUGUCAUGGUGGGAGAAAGUGUUGUCUUGCCGUGCCAGGUUCAGCAUGAUCCUAUCCUGGACAUCAGCUUCACCUGGUAUUUCAAUGGAACACUCACAGAUUUCAAGAAGGAUGCUUCUCAUUUUGAGAAGGUUGGAGGGAGUGCAUCAGGAGAUUUAAUGAUCAGAAACAUCCAGCUGAAACAUAGUGGAAAAUAUGUUUGUAUGGUGAAGACAGAAGUGGAUAGCGUAGCAUCUGCAGCGGACCUUAUCGUACGAGGCUCACCUGGGCCCCCUGAACAUGUGAAAGUGGAUGAAAUAACUGAUACCACAGCUCAGAUCUCCUGGCAAGAAGGCACGGAUAAUCACAGCCCAGUAACCACUUACACCAUACAAGCAAGAACACCUUUUUCAGUUGGCUGGCAGCGAGUUACAACAGUUCCAGAUGUGAUUGAUGGAAAAACAUUCACAACCACAGUAGUGGAUUUAAAUCCUUGGGUUGAAUAUGAAUUUCGUGUAGUUGCCAGUAACAAAAUAGGAGGUGGAGAACCUAGUUUACCCUCAGAAAAAGUAAGAACUGAAGAGGCAGUUCCCGAAAUUCCCCCAUCUGAAGUCAGUGGGGGAGGAGGCAGCAGGUCUGAACUGGUCAUAACAUGGGAUCCCAUCCCUGAAGAAUUACAAAACGGAGAAGGAUUCGGCUAUGUUGUUGCUUUCCGCCCCUUUGGCACCACAACAUGGAUACAGACUGUGGUCACCUCUCCUGACACACCAAGAUACGUCUUCAGGAAUGAAAGCAUCUUGCCCUUUUCACCAUAUGAAGUCAAAGUUGGUGUCUAUAACAAUAAAGGAGAAGGGCCAUUUAGUUCAGUAACCACAGUUUUUUCAGCUGAAGAAGAGCCUAGCAUAGCACCCUCCGGCGUGUCUGCGACAAGUCUGUCAUCCUCGGUCAUUGAGGUCUCCUGGAUGGCCAUUCCAUGGAAGAUGAGUAGUGGAAGGUUACUGGGCUACGAGGUUAGGUACUGGAACAACGGUGAAAAAGAAGAAUCUUCAAACAGAGUAAAAGCUGCAGGGAAUGAGACAUCAGUAAGAAUAACAGGUUUGAAGAGCAACUUGGCAUACUACACAGCUGUCCGUGCUUACAACAGUGCUGGAGCAGGUCCCUUCAGUGCCACAGUAAAUGCUACCACAAAAAAGACACCACCCAGUCAACCACCAGGAAAUGUCGUGUGGAAUGUCACUGACUCUAGAGUAAUCCUCAGCUGGGAGGAAGUAAGAGCUAUGGAGAAUGAGUCCGAGGUGAUUGGGUAUAAGGUUUUGUACAGGACCAGCAGUCAGACCACCAUGAAUGUGCUGAACACGGACAAGACAACAGCUGAACUUUUGCUCCAGUUUAACGAAGACUACAUUAUACAAGUAAAAGCAACAACUGAUGGUGGAGAUGGCACUAGCAGCGAUCAGAUCCUGAUUCCCAGACUAGCUAGUAUGGAUGCCAGAGGUUCUGGUCCAUCAGCCUUUAAUAUCUUCAGUGUAUCCAGCUUCUUACCAACAGUAUUUUCCUUGGCCCUUAAUUCAGUGUUGUGAUGAUACAUUCUCAUUUGCUGGGGGAAAAAAAAAA